AGAAGAUGUAAGAAAUCCGUCAUAUCCUAUGAUCUAGCCUCACUCGAAGAACCGAAAGAUGUAUCUCGUCUAGCGGUUGUAGCUCGUCUAGUAGAAAGGGGGCAAUAGGGCCACGACCUCGUGGCCCAGCAAGUGCUACAUCACGCUUAUGUUGGAUGGCGUUUUUUGCAUCUAUCAGACUUUCUAGACUGCCCCUUUUUGUUCCCUUGAAACAAGUGUAUAGGUUCUUAGAGGGGGGCAAUUCUUGAUGGUCUGCCUAGAUGGGAAGAACGUCCAUAAAGCAGGUGUACGCCUAGAGAUGUUGCCAUGGAAGCAGAGCGUAGUUCAAGAGAAAGAGGUGUUAAGGUUUGGAAGUUGGCAUCUCUAUUACCAUCUCUAUAGUUUCUUCAAGUAGGGAAGCCAUAGAUAUGCAACCUAGAGCGGUCAACUUUCAACCCCUAAAGGUGGGCGCACUUCGAGAGAAACAGGUGGAUGCACUUCGAGCGACGCACCUCAAGAGAAAGCAGCCGGUUGUGGUCCUCGAGAAAACGGCGAUCGAGAGACAAGAGAAGUUCUAGGGUAUACCAGAGAUGGACGAGGCUCCUCUACUUUAUCUCGAGAAGAAGAAGCAGCUUGCUGUCCUGCUUCCAGAGAGCCCUCAGCGGAAGCCGAUUCGAGUAGGAGUUAAGGCUGCUUCAAAUUUAUAUUUCCUAGGAACGGUCAUCAGGAAGGUUGGCAACAAAGAUGUGCGCAUGCAUACUCAGGAAUGGCUUAAAUUUAAAGUCCGGCAUAGAUAGAUAGAUAGAUAGAUAGAUAGAUAGAUAGGUAGAUAGACUCGAUGGCUAGAUCACAAGGCUUUCACCCAGAUGAUGAGUUCUAAAGAAAGAGUGACGAGGCGGACACGUCUUCGGGCUGUGCCGCGGACACGUCGUCGCACGGUGGCUUGCCG